AUGACUGAGCCAGCCCCAUCGCAAGGUGUGAGCUCAUCGGAUGAGAAGAAUCUCGUCGUUUCAUUCAUCCAAUUCAUCCGUCAGAAGGUCUCCCAAAACCAAUGCUCCGACGAACAAGUGGAGGGACUUGAAGUUGCCGUGCAAUGUCUCGAAGGCGCUUUCGGGUUGACUGACGCCAACUAUGCUUUUCAACCAUCGAAACCUCUUCUAUCCAUUUUCACAGCAGCUGAGGGGCUUGGAGUUGAGGGAGAGACAAAACUCGCCGAACCCUCGCCUGCCGAAGUGGAACAAGCAAAUAAAUUGAAAGAAGAAGGAAACGAUUUGAUGAAGUCUAAUCAAUUUGAUGCGGCCAUCCAGAAGUACAAUGAAGCAAUCAAAUUCAACAGAGAUCCGGUCUACUUUUGCAAUCGUGCUGCUGCCUAUUGUCGUCUGGAGCAAUACGAUUUGGCAAUCCAGGAUUGUCGUACGGCGAUUGCACUUGAUCCCAACUAUAGCAAAGCUUAUGGACGAAUGGGCCUGGCUUUGUCGUGCCAAAAUCGCUACGAGCAAGCAGUUGAAGUUUACAAGAAGGCCUUAGAACUUGAUCCGGAACAAGAAAGCUACAAGAACAAUUUGAAGAUUGCCGAGGAGAAAGUAAAGGAGAUGGAAGCUGCAGCUCGGGCUCAAUUGAACAAUCCAAACAAUCCUUUGGCUGGUAUGUUUGGCGGAGCUGGAGGCGGUGGCGCGCCCGAUUUUGCAUCACUUCUAAACAACCCAUCUAUGAUGCAGAUGGCAAACUCGCUGAUGACAGACCCAAAUAUUCAAGGCAUGAUGGCUCAAAUGAUGCAAGGCGGUGGAAUGGGAAAUCUUUUCGAAGCAGGACAAGCCAUGGCCCGUCAAAUGCAGGAACAAAAUCCGGACUUCGUUGAACAACUCCGACGCCAAUUUGAAGGACCAGGAGGAAAUGAUGGAAACGCACCCGGAGGAGGAUCGCAGCCACCACCUCAACAA